CACAUGUAGCAACAUGUGUUAUACUUGUCAAUGAGAUACGACUUUGCAAGAAAUUCAUUACGAGUGAUACCGAGUGAAAAGUUUGGAUACAAUUAAGUGUACAUUCGACUGUACACAAUGACACGAAAUGAUACUAUCAUCACCAAAAUGGAACAUGUGGAAGAGAGUUUGAAAGAUACCUUAUAUAGAGUCGAAGUAAUCGAGAGAAAGCUUAAGACGAAAUUACUCACCAUAGAAAAUCGGGAGAAAUUGGAGAACGAGCUGGAGGAAGUUAAGGAAGUUCUUAGACGAAAUGAAAAGGAGUUGCAAAAUUUAAGAAAGGAAAACUCAAAGUCCUUUAUGAUAGCAGCGUGCUUGGUUUUCGUGUGCUUCCUUAUUUACGGAAUAUAUUUGUUGAUUUUCGGAAAUGUUUAACUGUAAUAAAUUACAUUUUAUAAUAUAAAAUGUAUUUAUCAUGCUGAAAUAAAUGGCAACAUCAAUGGAGUAUCGCUUGAAUU